CGCGCCCGAGCCUCCUAUCGAUCGCGUUUCGCCGCCGCUCAACAGUGUCCGUACCGUCCGGGUCCGGGUGCCGCCGCCGCAGCUCCGUCAGUAGUCGCAGAGCUAGUGCGUCGUGCGGUCGUACCGGCGUCGUCGUGCUCUCGUCUCCCGUUCAACCACCGCAGCCCAGUCGUCGUCGCCGCAACAGUUCCAGUUGUGAUACGUACGCUGCGCACCGUCUUUUCGUCCGGUCCGCGACAACCGUCGCCCGGGCCCAGCGACAGCAAUGUUUUUCGCGCUGGCCAAAACGCCGGGCGGUCGCCCGACGACGGUCACCACGGCCGCCAUUCCGGACGAAAGCCCGCGGACGUCGGCCGUCCAAGCGCCGUCCGUCUUCUUGCCGCACUCCGAGCCGUCGACGUCCCGGGGCGUAACCUCGUCACCGGCGCCAAACGCCGAUGACGACGGCCAGUCCGACGCCGAGCACGAGCCCAUGGACGACGGGCUGCAGUGCACGCUCGAGGACUACGACUUGUCGUCGGAAGACGAAUACUCAAAGUCCGGGUCCACGUUCAGCGUCGCGUUGGGCACGUACGCUUUCCAGAGGAAUAUGAUCGAAGAUUCAAUUACGUCAGUUCAAGAAAGCAAAGCUGUUAUUGAAUAUGUGAAUUUAAAAUUUGUUGAGAACAAUUUUAGAUCAUUGGGGCUUGAUCAAAUGUUUGAUAAGAAUAAUAUAAUGAGAGCUGAACACGAAUUUCAAUCGUUUGAAGUAUGGUUCUCUCGCAUCAGGAAGUAUGCUAUUGAUAGAGAAUUCAUCAGAGAUCUUCGUCUACCAUUGUUUUGUCACCUUUAUUUGAAUCUAUAUGUUCCAAAAAAUCAUAAUCGCUUACAGGAACUUUUGAGAAAAUUUCAAUAUUUAUUUACAAGCCCUAGAGGAGUUCUUUAUCUGUCGGAAUUGAGAAAUGUUAAAAAUGUCUUAAAUUUAUCACCUCGACUUGCAUAUUUCAGGCGAAAUAAAUUUGUGUAUGGUGUCUCUCCAAUGUUUAUAAGCAAUCUUUAUGAUUUUUUUCUUCCUCAUUUCAUGCUGAAAGUGGUGUUUCAAGAAUGGUUUGACAUUAACUAUACAUCUUAUGAAGACCCAAGAGUAAUAUUUGAUGAUUAUUAUGCGAAUAACCUAUCACGAAUAAAUAAUUUAGAUAAAGCAAAUACUCCAAAACAAAAUAAUAAUGUUGUUGCCACCAAACCUGUAUUGUGUAAAAAAACCCUGAAUUCAGAUCAAAAUCAAAACAACAAUCGCAAAGUCAAUAAUUCUGAAAACGAAUUUUACAAUAAUCAACGUCCUUCUACAAGUAAAGAUUUUGUUGGACAUCAAAACUCUAGUUCCAGUCAUCAAGGAUCCAAUUCCAGAAAAUUUGCUAACAAUGAUGUUGAAGAUCCAAACGAAUAUUAUACAGAUUCGGAACAAGAUGAAUCAACUGAUGAAAAUUCUGAAGAUCAGAAUACUGAUUCUGAAUCAGAAAAUCAUAGUCUUGAAACAAGAUCUAGUCGAUCAAAAAAGAAAAAUUUCAAAAGAAAACAAAGGAGACGUAACAGAGAUCAUCCUUCAUCGUUUGAACAAGAAAAAAGAAGAUCUAAGAAAUUUCGUGGAGAAAAAUAUGAUGAUACCAGUUCACAAAAUAAAUCCACAAGUCAUCAAGAAACCUCAGAAUUAUCUGAAGAAUCACCUAGUGAAGGACAAAGUUCAUCAAGCCAAAAAAAAGUUGAAGAAGAAAGAAUAAUAUUAAGAAUCUCAAGAAAGUCUAACAAAUUAAGCGUUAUUGUCAGUAAUGAGAAGAAAGAACCUAAUGAUUCCAAGAAUCCUAUGUUGGAGAAAUCAAACGAAGAACAAAUACCAAAUGAUGGGAAAAAGUCUCGUAGACACCGGAAAAAACAUAAAUCAAAAGGCAAAAAAAAAUCUACCAUAGAUAAUAAUAUUCGUUUGCGUGAAAGCCCGAAUGAAACGUCAAAUGAUGAAGAACAAUUGCGGAAGAAAAUUAAAUCAAGUGACAGAAAAUCUACAAGUGAUGAAAGUAGUCUUUUAUGUGAAAAAUCAUCUGAAGUAUCUGAUAAUGAAGAAAAAAAGGAUAAGAAAAAGUAUACAAGACAAAAGAAAAGUGCCAGUAGCAAAUUUACAAGCGAUGAUAGUAACAUGGAAAUUAGUGAAAGCUUAUCUGAAGUAUCCGAUGACAACGAAAAUAAGUUUAAAGGACAAAAAAAAAGUAAUAAAAGCAAAUCUUCCAGUGACAAUAAUAUGCUUAUGAGUGGCUUAUCUGAUAUGUCAAAUGAUGAUGAACAAAAGCAAAAACAGCAAAAUAAAAGAAGCAAAAGCAAAUUUACCAGUGAUGAUGAUAAUCAUAUGUCUGAAGUAUCAAGUGAUGAAAAAAUUCUUCAAAAACCUCAAAAGAAACAAAAAUUAAGAGACAAAAAAUUUGGAAGUAAUUUAGACGAUAGUAAUUUGUCUGCAAGCUCACGUGAAAUAUCAAGUGAAAAUGAAAUCCCAAACAACAACAAAAAAAAUCAUAAACCAAUGAACAAAAGAAAAUAUAAACGUGCUAAAAAUAAUAGUAGUGAUGGUUCAUCUGAAGAUUCUUCGGAGGAUACCAGUUCUUUGUUUUCAUCUUAUGAUGAAGAAAUUUUUAUGCACAAGUUUGUUAGAAAUCAAAAGAAAUCAGCUCAACUUUUUCGUUAUGAAACUUCACGCCGUUUAAAACACAUGAAUAUCACUAAAAUUGAUUUGAAACACAUUGAUGAAGAUUGGUUUUUACGGACUACUCGACAAAUAAUCCUGAAAAAUUGUAGCAAAUUAUCGUGUUCUAUUUUGACUUCUGAUCUAAAGUUGGUUGCUGCUGGUUCAUUAGAUUCUUUAAUUUAUUUAUGGGAGAGACCUAUUCAACAAUCUGUACCAGAAAAAACUGAUUUUCUACAUAGCAUUGGAAAAAUAAAUCCUAUCAGUUUUACAUCAUCAGUACAAGGAAACAAUUCAAUGGAAUUUUUGGACAAAAAUACAGCCUUUGUAUUACGUGGACAUGGUGGACCUAUAUUUGAUUUAGCUGAAAUACCAUCAGCUAAAAUCCUUCUGAGUGCAUCUAAUGACAAAACCUACAGAGCUUGGGAUAUGGUGUCCAAACGUUGUUUAGAAGUAUACAAUGAACAUGAACACAGGACAUGGUGUAUUGCUGCUUGUCCAUAUAGCUUGCAAGUAGCCACAGGAUCUUGCGAGGGCGCUAGUUGUUUGUGGUUUUUGAACUAUAAACGUCCGUUAAGAAUUUUUAUGGGUCAUCUCGAUGAUAUUUUAGUUUUAAAAUUUCAUCCAAAUCAAGUGCUUUUAGCUACUGGUUCAUCGGAUAAAACUGUUAGAGUGUUUGAACUUACAACUGGAGAAUGUCAUAGACUUUUAAUGGGACAUUCAGAUUAUAUCACCUGUUUAGAAUUUAAUAUUAAAAAUCCUAAUCAUCUAGCAUCUGCUUCUGGUAACGGAGAAAUAAUUGUAUGGGAUGUACCAUCUAGUGAAUUAGUAUGGAAGAUUAGAAUCAAUAACAUAUUUUUUUCGGAUUUAGUAUGGUUAACCAAAGAUAUAUUAUUGGCUUCAUUAACUAAUGGUAUUGUCUUGAAAUGUGAUACUACAUUGAAUUAUGUAGAUUCCUUCUGUAAAGUAAAAGGAUUUGAAACUGCAUUAGACCGUCUUAUGUCUUUAAGAAUGAUCGACAAUACAGUGUAUACAAUUGGUAUUCCUAAUAAAUCAGGUGGUCUUAAACCAAUAUCUAAGAGAAACAAAGAGAAAGUUUCACAAAUGAAAAAUGAAGAAGAUAAAUCUCGUAGGGAAUCUUCACCUUUAUCCAAACUAUUUUUCCCACAACAUAUUAUUGAUAACGAUGGAAAUUCAAUGAAACAUAUAAGUGGAUUGAGUUUGGCAACAUCGAUUCCUUCUUGUAAUUAUGAAUAUCAAUUGAAUAUUAAUGAUAACUUUAAAAAAUCAACAUCGCCAAGCUUUUUAAAUAUGAAUUUAAGAUCUGCACCAUUUAAUUUAUCUGCUGAUGAGAUAUCUAAAUUAAGUUCCGAAUAUCAAUCAGAAAAUAUACGAUUAGUACCAGCAGCAGCUAUAACUAAUAAUCUUCAAAAUGCUUACCUGUUGCCAAUACAACCAAAUGUUCGAUCAAUCAAUCAAAACUCUACAAAUGUCCAUUCAACAAAUGAUCAGUUACCGAGUACAAGUAAAUCCCAUAAAUUAAAUAAGACGCAAGGACCAUCAAAGUCAAAAAUAACAACAGUAAAACAACAUAACUUUGGUAACAGUAGUUUAACAAUGCAUACAAGUAUUCAACACAUGCAAAUAAAAACUACUACAGUUCAAGAACAACUGCAUAUAGAUGAUCAGAGAGAAACCAAUACGUUAGUUCAACAGCAACUACAAACAACUAAUACAAGUAUUCAUAAGCAGCAAACUUCAAAUUUAUUACAAGUUACACGACCUGGAACGAGUUCCCAAUUACUUCAGAAUAGCAUUGUACAGCAAGAGCAGCAGCAGCACAGUAUUGGAAGCAAUGUUAGUGUGACUGGGACAAAUGUUCAACAACAGCAGUUAUUACAACAGAUACGGUCAAAUACAAAUUUAACCAAAGGAAAUAUUCAACAGCGCUUAUCCCCACAAACAAAUAAUCGAUCAUCAAAUAUCAACGUCACUCAACGUCCAUCUCCUAGACAAAGCCCUAAUAGAUCAUCUUCUUCAGAUGAAAAAGGUACAGGUAAACACACUCGCAUGCAGUAAUGGUAAGCUUGAUUCAAGCUAUUUAUAUGAACUUAAAUCUCUACUUACUACUUAUUUUGAUAUAAAUAUUUUUCAAAAUGUAAUUAUUAGUAUUUGUAAUCGUAAAUUGUACAUUAUUUAUUUAUUUUAUACUUUAUAUUUUUAAGUAAAACCAAACUAUUACAAUUAUUAUUUUAUUUUUGAAAUUAAAUAAUACUUAUUUGUUAUUUUUCAUUUGGGGUUUAUAAUCCAUGAAUCAUGGCUCCCUGGGACGUCACUGGUUAUUAUCAUGGAAUCUUUAUCUACAGUAGAUAAUGUAGAAUUGUUUAUUUUAUUAUUCAUAUGGGAGUCAUUUAAAUUGUUUCCAAAAAUGGAUAAGCUGUGGACCAAAAGAUUGAAAAUCUCUAUAAUGCAUUUUUAUCUUACACUUAAUGUAAUUUGUGAAAAUAUUAUUUUAUAAUUUUAUAAAAAUAAGGUAGUUGUUUUUAA